CAAUUAGCUCCUCCCCUCUCGGCGACGUCUCGGUCGUUGCUGCUCUUCGCGUUUGUGCUGUUGCCGGAAGUGAAGAUGGUGGCCUUCACCGCCGAGGCGGAUCUGGUGACGGGAUGGUGUCUCUUCGGCCUUGCUUUACUGGUCAUUUUGGUGUUUUGCUGGGUUUAUGUCCGCAAGUACCAGAGUAGGCGUGAAAGUGAAGUAAUUUCCACCAUAACAUCUAUUUUUGCUUUGGCAAUUGCACUUAUUACAUCAGCUCUCCUUCCUGUGGAUAUUUUUCUAGUUUCUUAUGUGAAGAACCAGAAUGGAACUUUUAAGGACUGGGCUGAUGCCAAUGUUACAAGACAAAUUGAAGACACUGUAUUAUAUGCAUAUUACACCCUUUACUCCAUCAUAUUAUUCUGUGUAUUUUUAUGGAUCCCAUUUGUCUACUUCUACUAUGAAGAGAAAGAUGAAGAUGAUGGCAAUACAUGUUCGCAGGUUAAAACUGCAGUCAAGUAUACACUAGGAUUCCUUCUGGUUUGUUCAGUUCUUCUAAUGAUUGGAGCUUUUGUUCCAUUGGAUAUUCCUAGCAAGAAAAAUUCAACAGAGUGGGAGAAAAUACAACUUUUGUUUGAAGAACUUGGAAGUAGCCAUGGUUUAGCUGCCCUCUCCUUCUCCAUAAGUUCUUUGACCCUUAUUGGAAUGGUGGCAACUAUUACCUAUACGGCUUAUGGUAUGUCUGCUUUGCCUCUAAACCUUAUAAAAGGCACAAGAAAUGCCAGUUACGAACGCUUGGAAAACACUGAAGAUAUAGAAGAUGUUGAGCAAAAUAUUCAAAGAAUUAAAACAAAGUGCAGAGAUGGUCGGCCUUUACCAAUUCGAGACAGACAAAUGCUGCAACAACUUGAAGACAAACUAAGAAGCCUUCGCAAAAGAGGACGGCGUCUGGAAUAUGUUGAGAAAAGCUGCUGGACAAAAUUCUGUGGUGCCAUGAGACCCCUAAAAGUUGUAUGGGGAAUAUUUUUUAUACUUGUGGCCCUGCUGUUCACUAUUUCUCUCUUCCUGUCGAAUUUGGAUAAAGCACUUCAUUCUACUGGUAUAAAUUCUGGAUUUAUAAUCCUGGGAACUAAUUUGACUAACCCUUUGAAUAUGCUGUUGCCUAUUCUACAGACCGUGUUUCCCUUAGAUUAUAUUCUUAUUACCACCAUCAUCAUGUACUUCAUAUUUACUUCAAUGGCUGGAAUUCGCAAUAUGGGUAUAUGGUUCUUCUGGAUAAGGCUGUACAAGAUCAGACGGGGGAGGACACGACCUCAAGCCCUUCUCUUUCUUUGUAUGAUACUUCUGUUGAUUGUUCUUCACACCAGCUAUAUGAUCUACAGUUUAGCCCCUCAAUAUGUUAUGUAUGGGAGUCAAAAGUAUCUAAUUACGAAUAAUAAAACAUUUGAAGGACAUUUGAACAAUGAAACAACAUAUGUAGCCAAAGACUGUGAUGCCGAUGCACCUGAAGAUCAGUGCACUGUUACUCGGACAUAUCUGUUUCUACACAAAUUUUGGUUCUUCAGUGCUGUAUAUUACUUUGGCAAUUGGGCUUUUAUUGGAGUUUUCUUGAUUGGAUUAAUUGUGUCAUGCUGCAAAGGAAAAAAAUCAGUCAUUGAAGGUGAAGUGGAUGAAGAUGAUUCAGAUAUAAGUGAUGAUGAGCCAUCGCUCUAUUAUGGCUGACAGCCUGCAGUCCUGAAGGUUAAAGCUUGCAAUGUAAAACUGUGAAAAUGCCACUUUUGGUUCUGACUUUAUUCUUGGAAAAGUUCACUUUUGCCAAUAUCGAAGGGAGAAGUAAUAUAAACCAGGAUUUGGAAUUUCUGCAAAUCUGACUGGCUUAUAGUUAAAUUCAUUUGUACAUAGGCACAAGAGCUAAUUUUAUGAAGGAAAAAUUAAAGAGAACUAUUUUUUGAGUAUAUAGCUACGAAGUUGUGAUGUCAUUUAAAUGCCAUUUAAGUUUGUUUUUGUUAGUCUUGAAUUUUAAAUUUAUUAAUGAUUUUUGUUUCUUUAGACUUGACAAAUCAUAAUAAACUGACAAAUGUAUCAUACAUCUCAUGGAAAUCAAAAGUUACCAGUGCUUGUUAAUAUGAAACUAAUACCUAAAUCACACCUGUUGGUAUAUGAAGUGAUACUUAAAGACAAUAGAACUAUUGUCUGGUCAUUAGAGAGAAUCCCUGCCAUAUCAAAUGUGAAUGCAGUAUGAUAUUCAAUAGUUGCAGAUGGGAUGCGACUAUUAUAUUCAGUAAAAUAGUGGAAGAAAUAUGUAUUCCAUUCUCAAGUAUUGUUUAUUCAGUUUAGUAUCUGCCCACAUAUACUAUUUUCAACCCAAUUGGAUAGAGAGCAAUAGAUCUGGGCAGAUCAACAAUAUAGAAUAUGCCAUGAACUUUCUAAUUCAAAAUAACAAUGUAAAGAAAGAUACUUUUUUCCAUAUUUUCAUACAAUUUGUGAGCUUUAAUUUCUUCAUGGUUUAAACUAAAUCCAAUAUGUACACUUUUAAAAGACAUUAAAUAUUAAUCACCUUGCUUGGUUACGGUUUGCUGUUCACUGUCUUGACAUAAUACAAAUAUGCUGAACCCUGUUUUAAACACUGAAACAACUAUUCAGUAUAAUUUUGCUUAAUUAUAAUUGAUGAAGGGCACAAAUGUUUAAAAAUCAUGCUAUUUUGUUUCUUAUUUUGUAAAAUAAAUUAAUCAGGAUCCUAAAUGCAUACUAUUCUGAAGUAUUCUUGUAACUCAAAAUCUAUUAUUUAAUCUUAGUCUUUACUGUUCUUAGAUUUCUCAUACCUUAUAAUUACAUAUAAAGAAAACGAGUUUUUGAGUGUAUUUUCUGCAGCAACUUCAUUGCACCUUCAAAAUAUAAUAUGGAAUAAUAUUUUAGACUUAUUAUUAUUUUUUGAUGUUUAAGCUAGCGUUUCUUGCAGGGUUUCCCAUGACAGAAAUCAUGAGAGAAAUUAUGUCAAAAGAGAGACAAAAAAGGCUUGGUUUAACAUGUUUGCUGGAAAAGGCAGGGGGAAGAAAAGAGAAGAAUCCUUUUGCUUAUGAUUUCUUUCUUAAGGAGUUUUCUCCCCCCAGAGGUAUACCCAAACAUUGUUUUUGUUCCCAACUUCAGAACAUAAGAGUCCCCUUCAAAAUAGCAAGAAGGACAAAAUAACGUCUUGACUUCACAAUUUAAUGUAACCUGUGAUGUAAUGCCUCCCCCCCAACAUGCACAGUGUACAAAUACACACAUACGCACACCAAAACUCAGCAAAACAGCUCAGACUAUCAGCAUAAUGCUAGUAAUGGCCUUUGCAUUUACAGCUGACAAACUCAGCGGUUAAAAAUGUUGAGCUUGUCAGCUGGAAAGCUGACAGCCCGGGUUCGAGACCCAAGUGGUGCGCAAUGAGGUGAACUCCCAUUCCUUCUCCAGCUCCUGCCCACCUAGCAGUUUGAAAGCAUACAAAUGAGAGUAGAUAAGCCUGGUGCCACUUUGGUGGGAAGGUAACAGCAUUCCAUGAGCCUUGGGUUAUAGUCAGUUGACCAAAUGACCACAGAAAUGUCUUUGGACAACAUUGGCUUUCUCGGCCAAGAAACGGAAAUGAGCACUGCCCCAGUUGGACACAACUGGACAGGAGAAACCUUUAUCUUUAUUAAAACUUAGAAUCUCAGCUCACAUUGACAACUUCAGUACAUGCAGCAGGAUAGUCCAUGAAUACUCUUGCAUACUACUUUACGUUUAUUGGCCUUAUAUAUUCUUAAUUUGCCCUUUUCAGGCAACCUCCCUUUAAAAAGGAGCACGAUAUAAAAUACUUGUCCAGGUCCAGAGCCAAAUGAAAUAGAUUCAGUAAAAACCUAGACAAAAAAAGGCUUCUGUUUCAUGACCUUAAAGACAAAAGGAAGCAGCUGAUGCAUGGCUAAUGGCAUUUACCUAAAACUGGUUCAAUUCCAUAUAAGACAGAAAGAUCAGAACUCUGUCUCUGCGAUUGCUCCCUGGAAUUUACUCAAUGCAUUUAAAGAAUCUUAAUUUGAAUCUCUAGGUUUAAGAUGACGAAUGUAUCUUUUAUGUACACUGAAAGCGGACAAAUUCCUUGUGUGUCCAAUCACACUUGGCCAAUAAAGAAUUCAAUUCUG